UAGUUUCAACAAAAACAUUUCUUAAAUCCCUUCCACUUCUCUCCACACAAACACCCAUGGAAGAUGGUAAUCAACAACAAGAACAAGGAGGUGGAGGCACAGAGAGAUCACCACCACCACCACAAGCAGGAUCAUCACAAGCAGGAGGAGGUGAGCCAGUUAGGUCAAGAUGGACACCAAAACCAGAACAAAUCCUAAUACUUGAGUCCAUCUUCAAUAGUGGCAUGGUUAACCCUCCAAAAGAUGAGACUGUUAGAAUAAGAAAACUUCUUGAGAAGUUUGGUGCAGUUGGUGAUGCUAAUGUCUUCUACUGGUUCCAAAACCGACGAUCAAGAUCUCGCCGCCGCCAACGCCAGCUUCAAGCCAGCCUCGCCGCGGCAGAAGAAGAACAAAGAAAUCUAAAUCAGACUAGUAAUACCUCUUCUUCUUCUUCUAUGGUUUCUUUCAUGGCAACACCCCAGUCUUCUUGUUAUAAUAGUCUUUUGGGUGGUUCUUCAUCAUCUUGUGGAGUUAUAAGUGAUGAUCAUGGUGUGGAGAAUUUGUAUUCAAUCACUCCACAAAUGGGUUUUCAUCAAGAUUUGCAGGAGCAAAGCUCAGGUGGUGUUUCUUCAUCAAUUUUGUGCACUCCAGAGACAACAAAUUUGCACUAUCAUUCUGGAAUAAUCACAGUGUUCAUCAAUGGUGUGCCAACUGAAGUUCCAAGAGGACCUCUUGACAUGAAAGCAAUGUUUGGUGAUCAUCAAGAUGUAAUUUUGGUCCAUUCCUCUGGUGUUCCUGUUCUUGUUAAUGAAUUUGGCUUCUUAAUGGGCUUACAGCAUGGUGAAAGCUAUUUCCUGGUUUCAAGACAAACAUGAACUGGCAUGGCAGCAAAUAGUAGUGGCAAUAUAUCUCCUCCAAAUUAAUAUGUGUGAUGGGUUAUUUAAGAAUGCAUGUCCAUUAGAUUUCCAUGAUAUCUCUUUAGUUUUUCUCUUUCCAUCUCUUGUUUUUCUGUUUUUUUUUCUUAUUGGAAUUUGGACGGUCCUU